UUUAUGUUAUUCAGGUUUCGGGCGGGCCGGUUUGUUACCCGGAUGUAGAAGCCCAUGUGCGUUACUUGAGUUGCAGCAGGAGCACAGUCCUUGCGUUAGACCUUUCUCGCUCGCUCUCGUCUUCGGUUCCAGUCUUUGCUUAAAGAUGCUGCGCUUGCCCAGUUUGAUGAGGCAGAUGAGGCCAGUGUGCAGGGCUCUAGCACCACACCUCACCCGUGCCUAUGCCAAGGAUGUAAAGUUUGGAGCAGAUGCCCGGGCGCUCAUGCUCCAGGGAGUGGACCUGUUGGCAGAUGCCGUGGCUGUCACUAUGGGACCAAAGGGUCGCACAGUUAUCAUUGAGCAGAGCUGGGGCAGCCCAAAGGUCACCAAAGAUGGAGUAACAGUUGCCAAGAGCAUUGAACUGAAGGACAAGUACAAGAACAUCGGGGCCAAGCUGGUACAGGAUGUGGCUAAUAACACAAACGAGGAGGCAGGUGACGGAACGACCACCGCCACUGUACUGGCACGUGCCAUUGCCAAGGAGGGCUUCGACACCAUCAGCAAAGGCGCCAACCCCGUAGAGAUCCGCAGAGGAGUCAUGCUCGCUGUGGAAACUGUCAUCAACGAGCUGAAGAAGCUGUCCAAACCAGUCACUACACCUGAGGAAAUUGCUCAGGUGGCCACCAUUUCUGCCAACGGAGACACUGAAGUUGGUGCGAUCAUCUCCAACGCCAUGAAGAAAGUGGGACGUAAAGGAGUUAUCACCGUAAAGGAUGGCAAAACCCUGCAUGAUGAGCUGGAGAUCAUUGAAGGCAUGAAAUUUGACCGUGGCUACAUCUCCCCGUACUUUAUCAACACAGCUAAAGGUCAGAAAUGCGAGUUCCAGGAUGCCUAUGUGCUGCUGAGCGAGAAGAAGAUCUCAAGCGUCCAAAGCAUCGUUCCAGCCCUGGAGAUUGCUAACCAGCAUCGGAAACCCCUGGUCAUUGUGGCGGAGGAUGUGGACGGAGAGGCCCUAAGCACUCUCGUGCUCAACAGGUUGAAGGUUGGACUGCAGGUUGUGGCAGUAAAGGCCCCAGGUUUCGGAGACAACAGAAAGAACCAGCUAAAAGACAUGGCAAUUGCUACUGGAGGAACGGUGUUCGGAGACGAGGCUGUCGGCUUGGCUGUCGAAGACAUACAGGCGCACGAUUUCGGCCGCGUUGGCGAGGUGGUCGUGACCAAGGACGACACCAUGCUGCUAAAGGGCCGCGGUGACCCAUCUGCCGUCGAGAAGCGUGCAGCUGAGAUUGCCGAGCAGCUGGAGACCACCACCAGCGAUUACGAGAAGGAGAAACUCAACGAGCGCCUGGCCAAGCUCUCUGACGGAGUGGCUGUACUCAAGGUUGGUGGAACGAGUGACGUGGAGGUGAACGAGAAGAAGGACAGAGUAACUGACGCCCUGAACGCCACUAGGGCGGCUGUCGAAGAGGGCAUUGUUCUCGGAGGUGGCUGUGCUCUCCUGCGUUGCAUCCCUGUCCUGGACACCAUAAAACCUGUCAAUGAUGACCAGAAGAUCGGUAUCGACAUCAUCCGUAGAGCACUGCGUAUUCCUGCCAUGACCAUUGCUAAGAAUGCAGGAGUAGAGGGUUCUCUGGUGGUGGAAAAAAUCCUUCAGAGCGGAAAUGAGGUCGGCUAUGAUGCCCUUAACAACGAGUACGUCGACAUGGUGGAAAAAGGAAUUAUUGACCCUACAAAGGUGGUAAGGACAGCACUGCUGGACGCUGCUGGUGUCGCAUCUCUGCUCUCGACAGUGGAGGCUGUGGUUGUAGAGCUUCCUAAGGAGGAGAAGGAAAUGCCAGGAGGCAUGGGUGGUAUGGGUGGAAUGGGAGGCAUGGGUGGUAUGGGAUUCUAAGUUUCACUACCAGGCGUGCCAUACAGACUUUAAGGUAGGGAGAGUGAGGGCAGGGUGCACAGAUUGACCCUUUCCUCGCACUCUCUCACCUGCCCAGGGGUGUGACAAUGCAGAAGAAAUGACCCACAUUCUUCUAAAAUCAUAGUCUGAUCUCUCCACUCGGGGCUGAAGCUGACCUGACCCGACCCUGUUGCUCAGAAGACAAGCGUUAAAUGACCAGACUCAUGUGAUCGAUCAGUCCAUACUCAACAUGCUCAGUUUGAAUGCUCACAAUGGAAUGAAUGAAUGAAUUGUUCACAUGGAAAAGCAAGAAUACGUGUUUAAUCUGUUUUUUUUUGUUUGUUUUUUUUCAUAUUGGAGAACUUGUUGCUAACUGGAAAUAUAUUUUGUGUAAAAGCUUCAGAAACAAUACACAAGGGUUGAAAUCUGCCUUUUAAUGGAGAGCCAAGGUGUUAAGAUAAACUUGAGCCGUAUGUCAGCAAAUUCCUUUUUUUUUUGUUGUUGUCCAAAUUAUGUAUGUCAUGUUUACACCUGUCCUAAACAUUCACUUGUUGUUCAAGAUAAUUAAAAGUAUCUCACUCAA